CGCCGAAGUCUAAAGAGUCUAACUUUAAGUCAAAGUCCAGAACCCACUCGUUCCACUUGUUUUUGACCCUAUCUUUAGUGGGAACAUAUCGAAGUCACCGCUAAAAGAUCGACAAUGUUUUUCCACCGAAUAGAGCUAAUAGAACGAUUGCCAGGCACCCCGGUCUUCCAUGUGGUUUUUGAAAGUUCGAAAGACCAAGAAAAGGCAGCUACCAUAUCAGUACCUACUUACAGCUGGCGUAUGUCUGUCUCUGUCUGCUGAGAAAGUAGGACGAAUGAAUGAGAAGAAAGAAAGAACAUUGAAAGAAAUAAAAAUGGGGUUGGAUGCCACCCUAUGGGUAUUUUUUUUUUUUUUAAAAAGUUUUUUUUCUUUGCCUCUUCUUUUCUAUUAUUUCUAUUAUUCUACUAUGUACCUACUAUUGACGUUUUUCUGUAUUCGUUUUCCCAUCUCACCCCCCUCUCUCUUUUAUACACCCCCCUCCUUACCCCCAUCCUUACCCUUACCCUUAACCAUGCCCCUGUCAUUCUUCUCAGAGAAUCUUCCCCCAAUUCUCCAUUCCUUGAACUGAUUGAACGAAACCGAAAGGCACAAGAAAGAAAAGAAAAAAAAGCCCCAACGUUGCUUUACCAUUCUUGUUAUUAUGCAUCAAUACGUCGAAUUGUUAUUAGAUGGUCAUACAUGCAUUGCAUAGUAGAGAAAGUUCUCAUCGUCAUAUCGAGGAGACAGCCCCAGCCUAGCAAGCCAGUUCAAGACACGACCGUUUUAAAGAGACCCUUGUUCUACUACCUUAACCUUGACAACCCUGACAACUUUGGCUACCUUGACUACUUGGACUUACCUGGCCCAUCCUGCUAUCAUAUUUGAUCCAUACAUCCAUCCAUACUUCCUAUUUUGAUCUAUUCUCUAUUUAGUAUAUCCCGCCUGUCUGUCAAUUUGUCUGUGACCUGUGACUAAACCCUUUCUAAUUCUUUUCAUCUAUCUGAUCUACCUAUUUUGAUAUUAAAAACCUGUACAUAUCUACCACCUGGAUAUUCUACCUCAUCAUGUUUUACCGUACUUAAUAUCGCCGAUGGGAGGACCUCAUCUUUACCUACCUACAUACUUAUUGGGAACCUUACUUGCUCCUUCACUUCCCGAGGUCUACGAUAUAUGAUCUCAGCUUUCCUCGUCAUCUCAUCUACAUUGGUCCACCCCGAUCGUCUAAAACAUUGUAUUAUCACCGAACCCAUUUUUUCUCUUGGUAUUUAUUGG